GGCAACGGGUGUGUGCGCGCGACGACGGUAUAUUUUCAUUUCUAGAGGCUGGCUGGCUAUAGAGCUGUCAGCCAUCGAGCGAACACGGACACGGACACGGGUGAGAAGGUGCAAAAAUCGCGAUAAAUCGUUCUGCAGAUUUGCAGCCAGCAGCAGCGGACUUUGCGACGAAAAUAAUAGUGAUAAUCUUUCGCCGAUUAACGAUUCCGCAAAAGUGGGAUAAACCGAGAUACAGUGGAAGGUGUUACUGGAAAAAAUCUCCCGGAAGAAAUUCGCGUAUUGCGCUGUGGAAGUGAACGGGCAAACGUUUCCGAACCAAGUUGUGAAAUUGUGUGGAGGUGUUUUUUUCCCUUCGGUCAAUUUGAAUGGUAUUCAAUUUUUGAGAAAUAAGAAACUGCCGAGUCCUGCACAAGGAAGAUCAUCGUUUGUUCGAGUUAUGCGGUAUUCGAAAGAUACUCAGUGUUGACAGUGCGGAAUAUUCUUUCUCUACUCGGCCAGUGUGAAAAUGUGUAAAAGAAGCAGUGUAGAUUAGUGCAGUGCGUCCCAUGUUCCUAUUUGGCAGGUGAAAGUUUAUAUUGAAAAAUAAAUACACAGCGUCAGAUCCGUCAGUAAAAUAGCAGCGCAAAAAUGCCGGUCGUUUUGAACGGUUCGUUACCGUUGCCCAGUAUUAGAGUUUACACCAGCGCAAGUAUUCUGCUGGUUUCGAUCUGUCUGUACUACGCGGUCAGUGUGACGAGUGACCCAUUUUGGCGGCAGCUGAGCAAUGUUACUGCAAGCUCCUCCGGAGGAGCAGGAGCCGUAAAUAGCCUGCUGUCCGGGGCGGCAGCCGCUGCCGGAGAAGCUGCUGCUGCAGGAGCCGCAGCUGUGCCCGCUCCAAACAAACUGGACGCGGUGCUAACCGUUAAGGAGAUCAAUGAUCUCGAAGAGAAGAUACUAGCCGCAUCCGAUGUCGAUCUGAAGCAAAUGAUCGAACAUGAAGCCGACCUGCUGGAGCGGUCGGUGGCCAAUGAUUCGAGAACGAUCGGAGCCCAUCUGAGGGAUGUGGCUUCCUUCAUGGGCAGUGAACCGAUUUGCAUUUGGACCUUGAUCAACAUGGCUUAUUGCUGUCUGGUCCUGCUCGGCAAAUCGAUCCAGAAGGUGGUCUUUGGUGAACUACGAAUCUCAGAGCAACAGCACAUGAAGGACAAAUUUUGGAACUUUAUAUUCUACAAGUUCAUUUUCGUGUUUGGCGUCGUUAAUGUGCAGUAUCUACACGAGGUCCUGCUGUGGGUGUCGUGGUUUUCUGUGCUCGGUUUCCUUCAUCUACUGUCGCAGCUGAGCAAGGAUCGAUUCGAAUACCUUUCGUUCAGUCCAACAACGCCAGGAUGGUCCCAUUUUCGACUGAUUGCACUACUGUCGGCGAUCCUCACGCUGUCCGGCUUUAUGCUGAUCGUCUCCAUCGGAGUGGGCGUUUUCAUCAGCGGUGUUAACACGUUCGCCUUCAUGGCGGCCGAGUGUGUCCUGCUCUCGAUACGAACCCUACACGUGCUGAUCCGCUAUGCAAUGUUCCUAUACGAUAUGCGCCAGGGAGGAAUAAGCCAUGAAUCGAUUUCGUGGGAUAAACGCGGUCCUGUGGCUUACUAUAUUGAGCUGUGCUUCGAGGUGGCUGCCUUGAUCGUCGACUUCGGCCAUCAUCUGCAUAUGCUGCUGUGGAGCAACAUCUUCCUGUCGAUGGCCAGUCUGGUGAUUAUCAUGCAGCUGCGCUACCUGAUUAACGAAAUCAAACGAAAGAUCAAGAAGCACCGCAACUAUUUAUGGGUUUUGAACCACAUGGAGAAGAGCUACCCGCUGGCGACUUCCGACGAUCUGAAGCAGAAUUCCGAUAACUGUGCGAUCUGCUGGGAGAAGAUGGAAACCGCCCGCAAGUUGCCAUGUUCGCAUUUGUUUCACAACUCCUGUCUUCAAUCGUGGCUCGAGCAAGAUACCAGCUGUCCGACGUGCCGGCUAGGGCUGAGCGUUCACCAGAACAACGUCAAUCUGCUGCCGAAUGAAAUCCGUAUCGACGAUACGGAACCGGCCGGCCGAACAGCGAACAACCACUUUUUCCAUUUCAACGGUUCCCGGUACGUCUCCUGGCUGCCGAACUUCUCCGUCGAGGUGACCCACAUAAACUCUGUCCUGCGAAACGAACCGAGCCCGCGGGAAACGGCCGCAGCUAAUCAUACCUCUCAAAUCCGAAACAUGGCUCGUCACGUGCAGGAAAUGUUCCCGCACUUUCCACUGUCGACACUGAUAGCCGACCUGCAGAUUUCCCGCUCGAUCGAGGUCACGAUCGAUAACAUUCUCGAGGGACGUCUGCAGGUGCCGGCGCGUUUUCAAGAGUUUGACGAUCUGUUGGACGAUGAUUCGACCGUGAACACCGCAUCCAGUACCCCGAACCUUUCCAGCAACGACAGUGGUAGUAUUAUAAGCAAUAGCACCAGCUUCAACAGUACGCCGGUCGAGGGCGUUGCGGACUUUCCUGCCAUAUCGUCCAGCACAGCGCAGUACUACGUCAAUGACGUGAAUGGUGAGCUCGGCUCGGGUGCCCACUACGAGUCGACUGCGUCGACGCUUUCCUCGACCGGGAGCAACAGCAGCGGUUACGAGGUCGAACGGAGUACCAACAUUUUCGGCAACUUCGACCAUUUGCUGCGCGACGAAAGCUUCGACGACGUUCCGCUGGGGGAUCGCUUUUCCAAGAGUUCGGAGGAACGGGAGCGCAUCCUGCAGCGACGGAAGGAACAGUUGCUCGCCAUGGCGAGAAGAAAGUAUUUUGAGAAAAACAAAUCCGACCUAAACCAGUCCCCCGCCGGGGGCAGACACUACAGCCAGGGUGAUGCCGUCCGGCAUCGUAACAAGAGCUGCAUGGAAGAGAACGAUCCCUCCUUGCCGGCGCAGCAUUCAUCUCAGCAUUCGUCCAUGUCAUCUUCGUCGUCGCUAGCGGCGGAGAUCGUCCCGGUUGCGUCCUCCUUUUCCUGCUCCUCCUCCUCCUCGGUGCCAUAUUCGUCCUCCCCGGUGCGAGCUCCGAGCGGAGGAGGACCGGCGACGACAACCAGUGAACAACCGUUUCAACAGUGGCCAAAUUAACUAACAAAAAGAAAAGAAAAACAAGACAAGAGUAACUCAACUUUUUGCAACUCUAAAAAGAAACAAUAAUUGUGAUCAUUAUCGAGUAGAGAAAGCUGUCAAACAAAACAAAACAAGCAAGAAAAAAACACAAACAUUAACAAAAAUGCAAGCAAAGGGCGUAAAUCAACAGUAUCAACUUAGUGAAUUAAAUCUAUAAUAAACAGACAACAAGAAAGAAAAAAAAACAGAUAAAUUUUAGCAACGUUGACUCGGAGAGUUAACACAUCUCUUUGAGACAACAACAGAACAGAACAAUUAUUCUUAGGUUAAGUGUGAACAAAUAAAGAAAAAAAACAAACGGUAGCGCCCGAGCUGAGCAGUGUGCUUCGGUGUGCGAAUUAAUAUUGCGCGAACACAGCGGAAGUUGAACACCCAACAGCGGAAGUUGAAGAAAAAAAAACUAUGAAACAAAUGAUGAUAAGAACACUGAACUGCAAGCGUUGUGAUGUUAUUUAUUUAUUUACUACUACUAUUACUACCUACAUAUAUAUUAAUAGUAAUGCGAGAACUAGUGAACUUCAGGCAAAACGUAUUUUAACGUCGGUGGACAAUGAAACAAUAUGGCGAGAGGAACUGAAACGCGAGAAGAAACAAAGUCCUUAGAGUAUGUAUAAUAAA